AUGAAGAAGUUUGUUGUAUCUGCUCCUGCGAAAGCUAUAUUAUUCGGUGAGCAUGCUGUUGUAUACGGUUACCCAGCUAUCGCUGCUACAAUUGACUUACGGUGUUAUUUUACAGUUACCAUUAAGAAUGAAGCUUGUGAAGAUAUUAUUAUAGAUUUUAAAGAUUUAUCAGAAAAUAGCAUUCAUAUUCCAAUCAAAAUGUUUCAUUCUAUUUCAAAUAAAGAAUCUGUUAUGGAUUAUGCGUGGAAAUUAGUGUCAGAUCUUUUUAAUUGUGCUUAUCAUGACUCUCUUCAUGAUUCACCUAUCAUUGUUAGCACAUGUGUCAUAGUAUAUCUGUUUAUUCGUGCUACACAACUACGAAGCGAUAAGUGUAGCGAUCAACAAUUCCCAAUGUUUAAUGGAAAAAAUACCAUAUGUAUAGAAAUUCAGUCAGAUAUGCCUAGUGGAUGUGGCCUAGGAUCAUCAGGUGCAUUUUCAGUCGCUGCUACUGCUACUGUUCUGUUAUUAACUAACAAUUAUCCACUUGUACAAGUUUGGGACAUUGAUAAGAUUCAAUGUAAAUUAAUAUCUUCUUUGGCUAGAGACGCUGAAUGCAUCAUUCAUGGAAAAUCUUCAGGAUUAGAUAGUACAAUAUGCACAUAUGGAGGUACUAUAGUUUUCCGGAAAGAUCAACUUCCUUUAUUUCAGGAAAUUAACAUUUCGAAUUUCGAUACUGUCAAAUUACUCAUAGUCAAUACUAACAUUACUCGUUCCACAUCUCUCGCUGUACGGAAGGUUUAUGAUAAGUGGAAGGAAGAUAAAACGUGUGUAAAUUCUAUUUUCAAAGAAAUAGGUAUCGUCGUGGACGAAGUAAUUGAUGUUUUGAAUCAGAAAGAUAACUGUGAAAUUAGCCGAUCGCUUACUCGUCAUAUAGUUAG